AGCGAGAGCAGCAGUGUGAAGUGGAAGCAACAAUACUGCGGACAAGGGGCUGUUUCUUUCACGGUGACUCCUGAGGCGAGGAGGUGGUGAUAUUCAUGGGAGCAACACACACACGCACACGGUCUCUCCUCUCCUCUCUUCUCACUCACUUUUUGGAGCUCAGCCUCAGCAGCUCGCUGCUCUUUUUGGCGCCUCACUGGAGGAGGAAGGAAGGACUACGUUUGUCUGAUGUCAGAAGAAAGUUCUCAUUAUUAUUAUUAUUAUUGUUAUUAUUUUAAAUCAUAGUUUUGAAGACCUUGCCAGCAGUUUUACCUGGUCAUUAUGAGGAGGUACACACUUUGGAGAAAGGAUGACGUCUAAGUGAACUUCAGAAGCAGAGUCACGGGCUUUUUGUUGUUGUUGUUGUUGUUGUUGUUGUUGUAGUGUGCGUGUGUGUGGGUGUGCGUGUGUGCGUGUGUGUGUGUGUGUGUGUGUGGUUAUAUUAGCUCCUAAGUUGAACUGUAAGGACAAUUAUUGGGUACUAUUUGUAAAGAAAAUGGAGCGUACCGGCUUGGCGGUUGUGGUGCUUUUGGCAGUAGCGCUGGUCGACGUAGGUGAUGGUCACACGGACACCUCGACAGGUGGGAGGAAAAGCCUUCCGGCUGCCGGGCAGACGCUUUGGGACCACUCGGAAGGUGGCGAAAGAAUCCCUCCGGAGACCACCCACGCCCGGGGUGAUGGCGAGCUGCCGUCGAAAGCAGCCCCGAGGACCGCCAGACACCCACGCAGCGUGACCCCCUCGCAGCCCAGAACCAGAGUCAACCGCCGGCAGAACAGCAAGUCCAGCACGGCGAGCACCAGGCGACUUGUCGGGCCAAAUGUGUGCGGCGGUCAGCAGUGCUGCUCCGGCUGGGCUGUGGCACCAGGAACAAACCGAUGCAUCAAACCCGAUUGCCAGCCGCCCUGCCAGAACCGCGGCUCCUGCAGCCGGCCGCAUACUUGCGUGUGCCGCUCGGGUUUCCAGGGGCCCCGCUGUGAAGAGGUGGCCCCCGAGCAGGUGUACAUCCAUGACAGAGGGUCUCUGAGGCGUGUGCAGCCGGGCAGCAACCCUUUCCAGAGAGACCAACCGCGCAGACGGCCCUUGGAAAGGCAGAUAGAUAGCAGCAAGGUCCAGACCCCGCGACCUGCGGCCACCAGGCAACCAGUCCACACUGCGACCCAAGUGAGACAGGGACCCCCUGAAUCCUCCCCUCAGCUGACUGGGACCUCCCGUACUGUGAAGCGUUAUCCGUCAUCCUCUGGGCCGAUCACCUCCAACGCGUUGCCCAACGGCAACGCCCACGGAAAUGAGCACAGGAACUCCCAUGGACAAAGAAAUGGGCAUGACACCAUGCACUACUUCAAUACUCACAGGCCAACCAGUAACAACCAGCUACAUGGAAAAUUCAACAAUGCAUUAUCACCAGCAGGGGCCAACCUCACCUCCAGCCUGGACCGCAUAAAGAUUGUCUUCACGCCCACAAUGUGCCGCCGGGUGUGCAGCAACGGGCGCUGCUACAAUAGCUGCGAGAAAGGGGACGUGACCACUGUCUACAGUGAGACUUCAUACCAGCAGCAACAGCAACAGCAGCAGCAGCAGCAGCCAAAGACGCCAGGCUUCCGACUCUUCUUUUGUCAGAUCCCCUGUCUAAAUGGAGGCCGUUGCAUUGGCAGGGACCAAUGUUGGUGUCCAACCAACUCAACCGGGAAGUUUUGCCACUUGCCAUCUCAGCCUCACGCAAAGCCCACCACUCACAAGGACUCCAGAAACUCUGGAUCUAAACCUCCUUCCCACUCCACGUACACUCUACCGCUUUCCAAUCAACAAGUCUCGCUUCACCCAUCCUUGGUCAAGGUCCAUAUCCAGCAUCCGCCGGAGGCUGAGGUCCGGAUCCAUCAAGUGGCUCGGGUCCAACCCGGUCAAAGGUCACCCACCACUGAGGGGGCUCACUCUGUCCAGCAGCGCUCUCAGCCUGGCAAUGGCCAAGAGCCCGCCAUUGAGCAUGGCAGCAGACACACCAGCGUGGACGGCCACGCCAGACCACACCACCGUCAGAACGGACACGUGGGAAGAUGCUUCCAGGACACAGUUGACGGACAGUGUGACAAGCCUCUGCCAGGCCUAACCAAACAGGAUGAUUGCUGUGGAAGCGUGGGAGCCUCUUGGGGUCUCAACAAGUGCCACAAGUGUCCAACCAAACCAGCAUAUGCAGUGAUUGCAAAUGGACAAGUGGAAUGUCCUGUCGGAUAUAAAAGAAUGAAUGUGACGCACUGUCAAGAUAUCAAUGAGUGCCUCCUGCCCGAAAUCUGCAAGAAUGCAGAGUGUCUCAACACCAAAGGAAGCUACAGGUGCACAUGUAAACCUGGUUUCAUGUUGGACCCUGCCAGAAGCCACUGCGUCUCUGACAAGGCAGUUUCAGACCAGAAGGCAUUUUGCUACAGAUCGGUGUCAGCAGGCACGUGCUCACUGCCACUUUCUCAGCACAUCACCAAGCAGAUCUGCUGCUGCAGCCGCGUGGGCAAAGCCUGGGGAGAUGGGUGUGAUCGCUGCCCUUUGCCCGGAUCUGAUCAUUUCAAGGAGAUCUGCCCGGCUGGUCACGGAUACACCUACUCCCGCUCUGAUGUGCAGAUUUCUCUGCGACAGCUUGGGGAGGGUGAUCUUCAAAGUACUGGAUUGUCUUGGGAGGAGCAGAACCCCACAUAUCCUCAGCUGCCGUCUUCCCAGCCGCAAUAUCCCACGUACCCACAGACUCCUCAAAUACCCCAAUGGCCCGAGUACCCAGAGUCACCAGAAUCACCUCGGCACCCUGUUACUCCACGGCAGCCCCCCCAUCCCUUUUUCCCAGACAGAGAAACAGCUCGACAGCCUGAAGAUGUGGAAAUUCCAAGCCCGCCAGUUGUUGUGACAGACUCACCAUUGAAAUAUCCAGAAGUUGAUCCAGACUCACCAGCCAAGCCUGAUCCAAAGGAAACAGCCCACACAGACUCAGUAGGUGUGGACAUGUGCACAACCACCCCCUCCAUUUGUGGCCAUGGGAAAUGUGUUCCUGUGCAGACUGGGUACAGCUGCCAGUGUGAACCAGGUUUCAAACUCAGUGCUCUGCAGACCAACUGCAUUGAUGUGAAUGAGUGUGAGAAUGAGCCAUGUGGUGGAAAGGGCAGUUGCACGAACAGCUAUGGCUCAUACAGUUGUCACUGCUUCAGCGGCUACAGCCAGGUGAUCACCAAGAACAGGAAGUUCUGUCAAGACAUUAAUGAGUGCAGCAUGCCCAACAAGUGCCAGAAUGGCCACUGCGUCAACACGGAAGGAUCUUUUACCUGUGAAUGUGACAGUGGCUUUGCCAAGUCCUGGAGAGGCCAAUGCGAAGAUGUAGAUGAGUGUCAAGAUCCCAACACUUGUCCUAGCGGUGGUUGCAUCAAUACUGUGGGCUCCUUUCAGUGCCAGGUUUGCAGCCCUGGCUUCAGGCCUCUCAGCGAUAGAUGUGUAGAUGUGAACGAGUGCUUGAACCAAAACAUAUGCGGCCGUGGAAGGUGUGUCAACAGCGAGGGCUCCUAUAGGUGCAACUGCUUCCAAGGUUACAAACUCGCACUGGACAACGUAUGCCAAGAUGUGAAUGAGUGUCUGCUUCCGGGGGUCUGCCUUAACGGACGCUGUGUCAAUCUAGAGGGUACCUACAGUUGCACCUGUAACCACGGUUACCAAGUCAGCUCCGAUAGCAAAGACUGUGAAGAUAUUAAUGAGUGCAUAUCUGGUAAAAUGUGUCCUGAAGAAAUCUGCAUCAACAUACCAGGUUCCUUUACAUGCCAGAGCUGUAAUCCUGGCUUUGAACCUUCUGAUGAUGGGCUGAGAUGUGAAGAUGUGGACGAGUGUUCUCAGGGUGACUGGUGUCUCGGUGGUGUGUGUGCCAACACGCCCGGAUCGUACACCUGCACCAAGUGUAAGGCAGGCUACAGAGUUUCUCCAGAUCGACGAAGAUGUGAAGAUAUUGACGAAUGCCAGUCGCUGUCUACCUGUGCCAACGGCAUCUGUCUAAACUCAGAAGGCUCUUACACCUGUGAGAACUGCCCCACGGGCUACACAGUGUCGUAUGAGGGAGAGCUCUGUGAAGACAUUGACGAGUGUGCACUGCCCACUACAUGCCCCCGGGGAACAUGUACAAACACAAAGGGUUCCUUCACAUGUGUCAGCUGUCAGCCCGGUUACAGAGUCUCUGAGGAUGGACAGCAGUGUGAUGAUGUGAAUGAAUGCUCGGUAGCUAACGUGUGCCCAGGCCAGCUGUGCUCAAACACCCAGGGAUCAUAUACCUGCAGGAACUGUGGAUCCGGCCUGCAGCUGUCUGAGGACGGUUAUGGCUGUGAGGAUAUCAACGAGUGCCAGACCCCAGGUUUGUGUCCCACGGGCAUCUGCAUCAACACAGAGGGCUCCUUCUCAUGCAUGGCCUGUGACCCUGGCUUCACCGUGGCACCCAAUGGCCUUUCGUGUGAAGAUGUGAAUGAAUGUGAGGACACGGGCCUGUGUGUGGGAGGUCAGUGCACCAACACCGUGGGAUCCUACAGUUGCGCGUGCCCUGCUGGCCUGGAGCUGAUCGAUGGGACCUCCUGCAGAGAUAUUGACGAGUGUUUGACCAUCGCAGGAAUCUGUGGAGAAGGACAGUGUUUGAAUACUGAAGGCUCCUACAUGUGUGUCUGUCCUGAUGGAUAUGACACCCUUGAUGGGCGGACCGGCUGCCAAGAUGUGGACGAGUGUAGCAAAGACAACAUAUGCACACGGGGCCAAUGUCUCAAUACGGAAGGCAGUUUCAUAUGCUUAUGUGACGCUGGAUUCAAGUACAGCGAGGACACUGCUGACUGUGAAGACCAGAAUGAGUGUAAGGAGUUUGGAAGCUCGGUGUGUGGUACCUGGCGCUGUGAGAACACUAUUGGCUCGUACCGCUGCUUCAUGGGCUGCCAGCCUGGCCUUGAGGGAGAGGACGCCACAGACUGCGAUGUUGACGAGUGCCUCAACCAGACCAUCUGCGGGAGCCACGGCUUUUGCGAGAACACCGAUGGAGCCUACCGCUGCGAGUGCGAUCUGGGCUACUCAAACCCACCAGGAGACACAAGCAAAUGUGUUGACGUGAAUGAGUGCGAGAUGAGCUUGGCGCUGUGCGGCGAGGCCCUGUGUGAGAACUUCGACGGCAGCUUCCUGUGCAUCUGCCCCAACGACAAUGAGGAAUUUGAUCCCAUCACCAGCCACUGCCGCUCCCUGGCUGACACCGACUCAAAAGCCCUCGCUCCUGCGGCCCCCUCAGCCGUGGAAAGGAAGGAGUGCUACUAUAACUUAAACGACGCCAACUUCUGCAACAACGUCUUGUCCCGUAACACCACCAAGCAGGAGUGCUGCUGCACCGUGGGCGCCGGCUGGGGCGACAACUGCGAGAUCCACGCCUGUCCUGCUCCAGAAGGAGAUGAUUAUCACCAGUUGUGCCCUCAUGGCAGUGGAUCCAUACCCCUGCCUGCUUCCUCUCCUCAAAGUUUGGCAGAACAGCGACUCUACAUAGACGCAAAUGAAUGUGAAAUGUUUGGAUCAGACAUUUGUAAGAAUGGACAAUGUGUCAAUCUCUUCUCAACCUAUACUUGCUACUGUCGCUCCGGAUUCUACUAUGACAACGUCAAGCUCGAGUGUGUUGAUUAUGAUGAAUGCGAAUUCGGAAACGCCUGUAUGGAUGGAGCGUGUGUCAACACGCCGGGCUCGUUCAACUGUUUCUGCAGUCCACCAUUAGUGCUGGACAGCACGCAGCAGCGCUGCAUAAGAAUCAACACUACAGAAGAAACUGUGGAUUCUAAUCUCGAUGUGCACAUGGACAUCUGCUGGCAGCGUCUGGAGGGAGACAACAUGUGUUCCGAACCACUGCAGGGCCGCAGAACCACCUACACUGAGUGUUGUUGCCUCUAUGGAAUUGCCUGGAGUGGGCAGUGUGCCUUCUGUCCCAGGAAAGACUCAGAGGACUACGCGGUCAUGUGCAACCUCCCUCUGAGAGGAGGUUCAGACAGCCUACGAGAGCGGCCGGGCUACGAGUAUGGCGUCGACGGGCCCGAGGAUCCCAUAGAGCCUUUUGUUCCUCCGUACUGGGACAACUAUGGCGGCCCAGCGGGACCAUACGACGUUCCCGAGAGCGUCCCUUUGUUCAACGACAACGACUACAGCAUCCGACAACCGUCUGUGCGAGUCCCUGUCCAUCGACCCCAUGAGCACCAGCCUCGGCCGGUGGAUUCCUUCUCUGAGCGCUACGAUGGAUUUGAAGGUCUCCAAGCAGAAGAAUGCGGCAUCCUGAAUGGCUGUGAAAACGGACGCUGCGUUCGCGUGAGGGAAGGCUACACCUGCGACUGCUUUGACGGUUACGAGCUGGACCUAAACAAGAUGGCCUGCAUAGACAUAAACGAGUGUGAGGACAUCAGCGACAAGGUGCCGUUGUGCCAGAACGGCCACUGCAGCAACACAGAAGGGUCCUACAAGUGCACCUGUUUGCCCGGCUUCGUGGCCUCCGCCAAGCCACACAAAUGCAUCCCGGCCAUCCCAAAGGCAGAAACGGGGAACUGAGACGAGCGGUGAUUUCUCCUGCUUCCUUUAAGGUUGAACUUUCACCCCUCCACUGGGCUUCUCCUCCUCAGUGCCUGGCACAGUAACGCUGAAACGUCCAGACUCCAACUCCUCACAGCAGACACACUUGGGUUCGGCUCACAACACACUACUCGUUGAACCUUAGGCGAAUAACAGGAGUGAAGACACGACAAGGGAUACUGAGCUUUUUCAUUCAGUAACCCCCCCCCCACCAACAAUUAUUUUAUGUAUUUGACAUACUCUGUUUUCUCUUUAACGCUUUUUUUUAAUGUUAUUAUUUAUUUCAGGCCACUGCUAACUAGCAAGCAAUUGACCUCAGAGGGCUCAGAAAAAGAGCGAUAUUGUCAUUUUGCAUGCUCCCCAUGCUUAUGUGCUCUCUGGGUACUCCAGCUUGCAUGUUAGGUUCAUUGAAGACUAAAUUUCUGUUUUCCAACCAUUACUGAGCCAAGGCACAUAUUUUCGAAUCGAAAAAUCUUACAGCACACGACACCAAACAAAAAAUAUCACAAAAAGUACCACGGAUAUAAAAAGUCUACACAAAAACAGCUGACAGGAGUUCGAAUGUGAUUGGUUAAUGCUGAACACAGCCACGUUCCCAGUUAUAAUAAGAGGGUGUGCACACUCAUGAAACUACAUUAUCUCACUUAUUUUUAAUUCCCCUCUGAAAAGAGUUGUUUUCAAUUGAGUUGUAAAGCUAAUAGGUCACACUAAUGGUGAAAAAAAGUUUGGAAGGUCUUGGUCUUAGUAUAUCACAAAAACCUAACAUUUAAAUGGGGGUGUGUAGACUUUUUAUGGCCACUGUAUCUUUACUGAAAUAAUGACAAUCUGGUCUCAAUUUAUUCACAAAUCUACUUAGUGCUGUUAAGUUGAACACAAAACUAUCACAGUGUUCCCCGGCAAAUUCGUGAUUUGCUACUCGCAGAAUCACCUGUCCUCUGUUAUUCGCUGAAAAACCCACCAAUUCACUGUUUUUGUGCGCAGGCCAAAGCCAUGUCUAAUAUAAAAGUAUUGCUUCAGCGCCAUCUUGUGGCACCUUGGUACCAAGGAACUGUGUCAAUAAACCUCUUUUGAGGAGGGGGGAGCAUCAAUUACACACAGAUUUUUUUUCCCACUGUAUUAGGAAUGAAUGGAAACAGGUGGACACAAACGUUAAUUGUUCCUUCUGCCAUUUAAUGGAAGAGCAUUUACUUGUUCUGCCUGUUACUAUACGUCACUGGCAUACAGUGGAUAGAUGAACAAAGAUACAUUAUUUGUACUAAAUGUUUGGACCAACUCAGUGAAAUUGGAUCAUUUCCUACGGUUAUAGUGGUUGGGAAUCACUGCUCUAAAUUGUCCAUAGGUGUGAAUGUGAGUGUGAAUGGUCACUUGUCUCUGUGUGUCUUACAAUACACAGGCGACCAGUCCAGGGCGUACCCCGCCUGUCGCUCAAACUCAGCUGGGAUAGUCUCCAGCUCACCUGCCACAUAAUGAGGACAAGCGCUAUCGGAAAUGGAUGGAUGGCUCUUAACAGAUGGCAGUGUUAAUAAACAGCCAACUGAUUUUCUUAUUCAUCAUUACACUUCUUUUCUUCACAUUAAAAUGGAGCUGAACAGCAACGUGUCAAAUGUGCGGACCAAGAGCUGGGAAGACAAUACAACCAAACAGUUGAAAAAUAAAGGCUUCAGCCGCCAAAUUUAAUGACUCGAAAUGUAUAUGAGGAUCUGAUUAUAUGAUGUUUUGUAAAGGUGCAAUAAUACUUGCCUUCAUUUGUUUGACCACUUUUUUUUUCUUUUUUUACAAUUUCCUAAAAGAAAAUCAAACUAACAGUAUUAACUUAUUUUAUUAUGUUGACAAAGUAGCAAGGCUUAUCGAAGCGUCAUGCUACAUUUGAGUCUUGUGUCUAAAAUAACACCCGAUUGAACAAAUAUCACUGUUAUGUAAUUAAAAAGUUGCUUUCAUAGACACAAUUCAAUCAAAUGAUUCAUUCCCACUAAGACAAAGGCUCCGCUGGAGAGGUUUGGUUAUUUUGUACAGCUCUAGUACUAUGUAUUUUUUUUUUGUUAAAUAUCCUUUUAAUGCUUCCAACAUAGCAAUAUGUUUGUUUGACAUAAAACACAAAAUCUGUGGGGGAAAAAAACCUGAUACUAUAUCUUUGUAGAUUUAUACAUGUAAAAAAAAAAAAAAAACACCUAUUUUUUAAAAGCAAAUCUUUUUAUGUGUGAGGGGACCGGCUGACACUGUACCAGAGGAACUGUGUGUAUAACCUGCCCUGUGGAGCAGAAUAUGAACUUUAUAUAUUUUUGGGGGAAGUGGCAGCACUGUUAUUAAUCCAAUGGCAGACAUUUUCCAUUUCAUUACGAAGACAAUGCUUUUGAAUUGUAAGCACCGACUUCUGUAUGUCUCUAUGGUUACAUAUUAUUAAUUGUGAUCAUUACUUCUUACGGUUUUUUGUUUUUUCUGAGUCAUGAAUGUAUCAUAGACAGCCUUGGCCGACUUGCUUUUCCUUAUUUGAAUUUGUUGUAUUAUUAUUGUUCAGGUUGAAUUAAACCAUUUGUUUAACAGGCACCUGGCAAAACACAAUCACGGCAGCACAUAAAUAAUUCCAAUAUCCCCUUAACCUGCAUUAAUGAACUAUAAAAGUAGCAACUGCACAAAUGUUCCCAUGCGAUGUGCACUGUACUUUUACUGUGCUGCUCUAAUUAUCACCUGAACCAGACAGGAAGUCUAACGUUUGAGUCAAAGUUGGAAGAGUCGAUGCCCCUGUAAACCUCCCAAAUAACCUAAUGAUAAUGUCUCGUUGUAAUGCUGGUGGUCAUCGGAAAUAUCACGCUCAUCCAUUUUGUUUACCGCUUGACUGUAA